AUGUGUUUUCCCGCUCUGUGCGUCACCGGCUGUUUAACUGAUGGAUCCCAGCUAGUAAUGGAUGCUUACCUCAGCUGUCAAAGGCUGUAACAGACGGGAUUUGGCCUGUUUGGACACACAGUCCAGUUGGCAGAUAUGGUGAGGCACUGCGUGAUGACGGAGUUGCAAACCUUCCAGCACUCUCUCCAGGGUAACUCCCUGGCCGUUGGCCAAGUGGGGCAGAGUUGUGGGGGAGUUCAGGACAAUGGAAUCACUUCAGAGAAAAGACAGCUCCUUUCCCAGGGUCCAGCAGAUAUUGAAAAAAGCCAGCCAGUAAGCAUCCCAGAUGCUGCUAAAAGGAAGAAGAAGAAAAGAACUAGAGCAACAGACAGCUUCACAGGCAGUUUUGAUGACCUCUACAAAUUGACAGAUGAAGUGCUUGGGCAAGGUGCUUAUGCUAAAGUUCAAGGAUGCAUUAGUCUGCAGAAUGGAAAGGAGUUUGCUGUGAAGAUCAUAGAAAAGAGUGCAGGACACAGCCGCAGCCGAGUCUUCCGUGAGGUGGAGACACUUUACCAGUGUCAAGGAAACAAGAACAUUUUGGAAUUGAUCCAGUUUUUCGAAGACAACAACUGCUUUUAUUUGGUAUUUGAAAAGCUGUGUGGAGGUUCAAUUCUUACACACAUCCAGAACCGGAAGCACUUUGAUGAACUGGAAGCCAGCAAGGUGGUCAGGGAUAUCGCCCAAGCUCUUGACUUUUUACACACCAAAGGCAUUGCCCAUAGAGACCUCAAGCUGGAAAACAUCCUUUGUGAAUACACUGAUCAGGUAUCCCCAGUAAAGAUCUGUGACUUUGACCUGGGCAGUGGUGUGAAGCUCAGCAGUGCUUGUACACCUAUCACCACUCCAGAGCUCACUACACCGUGUGGCUCAGCAGAGUACAUGGCUCCAGAAGUAGUGGAGGUGUUCACAGACGAGGCCUCUUUCUAUGACAAGCGCUGUGACCUCUGGAGCCUUGGUGUCAUCCUUUACAUCCUGUUGAGUGGCAGCCCCCCCUUCACCGGCCACUGUGGCACAGACUGUGGCUGGGAUCGGGGAGAAACCUGCAGAACCUGCCAGAGUCACCUUUUUGAGAGUAUCCAGCAGGGCAAGUACGAGUUUCCGGACAAAGACUGGGCUCACAUCACAGAUGGGGCCAAGGAUCUCAUAUCUAAACUCUUGGUUCGGGAUGCAACCCUGCGUCUCAGUGCUGCUCAGGUCCUCAAGCACCCUUGGGUGCAGGGGAACGCUCCAGAGAGAGGUCUUCCAACUCCUCAUGUGCUACAGAGGAACAGCAGCACCAAAGACUUGACCCAGUUUGCAGCAGAAGCCAUCGCAUUUAACCGGCAGCUGUCCCAGCACGAUGAGGAGCAGGAGGACGUCGGGGCCAUCGUUUGCUCCAUGAGGCUUUCUCCUCCGUCCAACUCGAGGCUCGCCCGCAGACGAGCACAGUCCAACGCCCUACGCUCCAGGGACUUCGCUCCAGCUUCGGAUUGACAUCGUAGCCUAAACAAGCAGCACAAGUUCCUUUCCUGUCUUCUGGCUGGUUUUAGCCCAUUUGUGGUGUGAGUGUUGUUUUCACAGGAAGCCUCGUAGGAUCUGUCACAGAGUGUCAGAAGUGACUAACUGUCCCUGGUGUCAAAGCUCUUUUCCAUGGCCAGUAAUCUCAUCUCCUGCACAGAGUUAGAGCAUCAGGGGAACAGUUAAUCCUUGGCCAUAACCUCCUAAUUGAAAACCUGUUUGAAACUCCUGACAUUUGUCUAGGAAUCAUUUUAGAAUACCUGAGUUUUAAACACAAGCUGUGUUAUUUGAACAAAACUCUUGGUUUAGUUUUACUUUGUCACAAAUAGUCUUCACAGGUUUUAUGAUAUUUUAAAAUUGCAUCGAACCCUUAUGCUAGAAGUUUAUAUCAAAUAUGCAGCGCAUAUCAUCAUCAAUACAGCAUUACGUGGGUUCAGCACAAUAAUACUGCAUUUACUUUUGUACUACAAUAUAUUUUUAUUUAUCAAAUUUUAUUUUUUGUGCCAUCUAACUGUAGUUUAUUUAAAUGGUAAUUAAUGCCUCAUGCUUUAAAGGCAUUGCAUCUUCCUCACUGAACAUAACAGAUGGAUGAUUUUUUUUUUUUAAUUUUUGCUUCAAUCAUAGCUGUGUGUUUCUGUGACUUGAAGUGAGGUUGAGAACCAGUUCAGUUUUAGAACAUUGAAGUGAGGAGUUGACUGACACACUGAGGACAUUUUGACCAUACCUCAGCUUCAGGACAGUCUUCAAAGAGCCAGAUGAUAGUUGAGACUUACUUUUAGGGUAAGAAUUCAGUUUAGGUUCAGGUUUAGGAAUUCAGUUCAGGGCUGGUUACGGUUAGAGUAAGGGGCCAAAGACUGCAUGGUGUCAGUGAGUGUCCUCAGUGCAGUCUGCCAAUUAAAUAUUAAAAAAAAAAAAAAGCCAACUAAAUUACUGAGCUUUUGCUCCUCAUGACCUGUUUACGAUGUUCUUGUCUUGAUUACAUUUGAUAAAAUAUCAUUUGCAGGAGUUUGAGAAGCUUCUUGGUAACAUAAUUUCUUAAAACGAAGCUACCUGUAGCACUGAUGUACUUUAACAUAAGUCAUAUAUUUAGUUUAUUUGAAAGUGAGAAUGGACAGAUUGGUCCAACAAUGUGAAUUUGAUAAGUCUUGUAUUUAUCAUUCAAGGUAUUCCUACAGCUUUUUUAUUCUCAGCGUUACCUCAGUUGCACAUUUGCCACAAAUGCAACACCAUCUCAAAAAGCCAAGCACAGUUUCUGACUUGGUUCUCUUAUUUUUUUUUUUCUUUCUUCGAGGCUGUGUAAUGAAAUGUGAGAUGAGCGUUUGUUAUAGGCAUGUAGGUAGUGAGGGUGUUUGUGGAAACGUUGAUGUUAUAUGUGAUACAAAUGAAUCCAUUCUGAGGUGUAAGGUUUUUAUUUUUAUACCAGUAUUAACUUUAUUGUAUAUUUGGUUCAGAAAGUGUUAAUGGGAUGAAUUUUGGAGUGCAGAUUUGCUGAUAUGUACUUUGAUUAAUUUUUUUUUAUCCUUUUUUUCUCCCAGGAGUAUUUUUUUUAUUUAGAACAUUUAUUGGAGUUUAGUUUCACCUACUCUUUUUGUGAACGGGGUCACUCGUUUUCCCUUAACCCCAUCAACUUUGUGUGUUGCCAGCUAAACGACACAUCCCCUUAUUUCACACUGUUGCCAUGGACACCCCAUCCCUAUAGCAACUGAGGGCAUUGGGGAUUGUCAGAUUAGCUUGGAGUGGAUACACAUUAGAAAUCAACCGCUCGCUAUGCUAAAUCCCUCUCACUCCCAUAAUGAAUCAUAAAAUUUAUUUCUUUUUUUCCCCUGCUAGACUGUAAUGACAUCAAA